UAAUUAUUUUGCGAUUUAAAACGUAUUGUCAUUGUCAGUUUACAUUUAUUAUUGCUUUAUACAAAGCUUUAUACAUAAAGUUUAAUUUGAGAUGAAUUUUACAAAGAACACGACCGUUUUCGAUAAAAUGGUUUUUCCUAAGAAACCGAACUAUGAGUAUGUCGGAGAAUAUUUUGCUUCGAAGGUAGCAGAAAGCAGUAUUAAAAUUGCAAACCCUAAUACUGGAGAUGAUAUUGAACGGAUGAACGUAAUUAUUUCGAAUUAUAUAGCAACGCAACAACUUGAAAAAACAACUAGAAAAUUAACUGCUAAAAGAAAUGCAUACCAGCAAAAGAGGAAGUGUGUACUUGAAAUGUGGAAGGAUUUGCAAGUCAAAGAAGAGAGUUUUAGGCAAAAUUUUAUCCGGUUUAAUCAGUUUGUUAAAGAAAAUCAAGAAAAAAAGGAGCGAGCAGCGAAUAAAAUAAUGGAACAGAAUUCGUUAAAACAGGAAAGAGAAAGAAAAAUGAACGCUUUACUUGAAAUAUGUGAGCAGAUUAAGAAAGUUAAAGCAAAAAUGGAUGCGAAUAUUGGACGCUAUAGAAUAUACGAAGAAUUUUUAAUGGAAGUGGUUGACUAUGAUUCUUCUAUGCAAUCUAUUAACGAUUUGCUAAAAAGGUACGAUGCGCUUAUUGAAGCUAGAAAGGAACUAAAUGAUAUCCAGCAACGCGAUUUAAACAAAUUAGAGAAAGCAAAGAGUAAUCUGAAAGAAUUAAUAUCUAAUUACACCCAGAAAAUAGAAAAAAUUACUAAUCAAAUUCAAGUGCUUCACGAAAGAUACGAAAAGGCUAAAUCAAAUUGUCGCAAAUGGGAACAGCUACAUAAACACACAAAAUUAGAAGUAACUGAAAUGUUACUAAAUACGGUAGCAGUGAAAGAAAUUUGCAAAAAAAUGUACUUGGAAAUAUGCCAUAGGAAACGCAUUAAACCAACGUAUAUUGACGAUACUGAAAAACAAUUAAUUACUAUUAAACAAGCCAUUGGAGAAUACGAAAUAAUUAAUAGAAGAGUCACUGAAAUGGAAGAAAAAGAUCUUCGGGCGUCCAUUGAAGCUAAAGAUUCGUACAGUACGAUAAAAAGCCAAGGGAAUAAAUAGAGAAUCUUAGAUUAUAAAGACAAUAGUGGUCUUUACCCAUAGUAGGGAACUAGAAAGAAUAUAAAUAAAUAGAAUGUACAUUGUGCACUUAGUUUUCGACCUAAAAAUAAACCAGAAAAAAAUUACGAAGUGUCACUAAUUUCUUAGUGAUAAUCUUUUUCGUAGCCAAUUUUUUUCAAGUUUAGCUUUGUUUUCUCUCUCAUGCAUUUAUCAGAGGAACAAUACAAUGAGGUAUGUUUUGCAGCGGCGAAGCUUCUAUUGAUGCGGCUGAUGCGUCGCAUCCCUUCAAAAUAUUGUAAUACGUUUUUAUUUAAAAAAGUCAUUGAGAUCACCUAUAAUAAA